AUGGGUGACGAAAACGUUCCAGCUUUAGUUAUAGAUAAUGGAUCUGGAAUGUGUAAGGCUGGAUUCGCUGGGGACGAUACCCCCGGAGCUGUGUUCCCUUCCAUUGUUGGGCGCCCUAGACAUCAGACCGCUAUAGUUGGCAUAGCUCCGAAAGACUGUUAUGUUGGGGACGAGGCCCAGAGCAAGAGAGGUAUUCUAACUCUUAAAUACCCUAUUGAACACGGCAUCGUAACUAAUUGGGACGACAUGGAGAAGAUCUGGCAUCAUAUUUUCUAUAGUGAACUCCGUGUCUCCCCAGAGGAAUAUUCUGUUUUACUGACAGAGGCCCCACUCAACCCCAAGGCCAACAGAGAAAAUAUGACACAGAUAAUGUUUGAAACCUUUAAUUCUCCCGCUAUGUACGUAGCUAUUCAAGCUGUUCUCUCUUUGUAUGCCUCUGGUCGUACAACUGGAAUCGUACUGGACUCUGGAGACGGUGUCACACACACAGUUCCCAUUUAUGAGGGUUACGCCCUUCCACAUGCCAUCUUGAGAUUGGAUCUUGCUGGACGUGAUCUUACCGAUUAUCUCAUGAAAAUUCUCACUGAACGUGGUUACUCUUUCACAACCACAGCUGAAAGAGAAAUCGUCAGAGAUAUUAAAGAAAAACUAUGCUAUGUUGCUCUCGAUUUUGAAAAGGAAAUGGGAACAGCUGCUUCAACAUCAUCCCUUGAAAAAAAUUACGAGCUUCCUGAUGGUCAGGUCAUAACUAUUGGAAAUGAGCGAUUCAGAUGCCCAGAAACCAUAUUUCAACCAUCCUUUCUUGGAAUGGAAUUUUCUGGUGUUCAUGAAACAAUACAUUACAGCAUUAUGAAAUGCGAUGUUGAUAUCAGAAAUGACUUGUAUGCAAAUACAAUAUUGUCUGGCGGUUCAUCUAUGUACCCAGGUAUUGUAGACCGUAUGCAAAGAGAAAUCGUAGCUUUAGCUCCCCAAUCAGUGAAGGUUAAGAUAAUUGCUCCACCUGAGAGAAAAUACUCCGUCUGGAUUGGUGGUUCUAUCCUUGCCUCCCUCUCCACUUUCCAACAGAUGUGGAUGAGCAAACAGGAAUAUGACGAAUUCGGCCCUUCUAUUGUGCAUAGAAAAUGCUUUUAGAUCUUUGUUACC